AUAGAGAUAUUAAGCAGCCGCAGAGGCGACACGCCAGGGUAGGGCAUUUCUCUCUCGGCUUCGCGCAGCAGCAGCAGCAGCUCAGUGUCGCUCGUUGGUAUAUAUUAGUAGUAUAAUCGUAAGAGUCGGCGGCACACGACACCACUGCCUCGUUUUUGUAUAAGCACACGCACACGUUUUACACCAACCAUCAUCAUGAGCAAGCCGAAUCUCGGAGCGCUGAUAAUCGAGGGCAAGACCAAGAGGGUCUAUCACCUCAAGGACCAGCCGAAGCUGUGCUACGUCGAGAGCAAGGACAUGAUCACGGCCGGCGAUGGCGCCAAGGCCAACGAGCUCAAAGGCAAGGCCGAGAUCAGCAACGCCACCAACGCCAGGGUGUUCGAGCUGCUCUCCAGCGCCGGCAUCGAGACGGCCUUCGUCGAGGCCCACGGCCCCAAGAGCUUCCUCGCCAAGAAGUGCUCGAUGGUGCCGAUCGAGUGGGUCACGCGUAGACUCGCCACGGGCAGCUUCCUCAAGCGCAAUCCCGGCGUCGCGGAGUGUCAUCGCUUCAGUCCGCCACUGCUCGAGACCUUCUACAAGGACGACGCCAAUCACGAUCCCCAGUGGUCCGAGCAGCAGAUCGUCUCGGCUGGCUUCGAGCUCGGUGGCGUCAAGAUCGGCCAGCUGGAGUACGACACGAUGGCCGCCACGACUCUGGCCGUGUUCGAGAUACUGGAGCGCGCCUGGGCGACGCGCGACUGCGUCCUCGUCGACAUGAAGAUCGAGUUCGGCGUCGGGCCGGACGGCGAGAUUUUACUGGCCGACAUCAUCGACAACGACUCGUGGCGAUUGUGGCCCAAGGGCGACAAGAGCCAGAUGAAGGACAAGCAGGUCUAUCGUAAUCUGGCGGCGAGCGCCACCGAGGCCGAUCUGCAGAAGAUCAAGAUGAACUUCGCCUGGGUUGCGGAGGAGGCGGCCCUGCUGCUCGAGGCGCCGAGAGCCAAGAGCCACUGCGUCGUGUUUCUGGGCUCGCCGAGCGACCUCGAGCACGGUAGACAGAUCGCCAGGCAGGCAAGAGAGCUCGGCCUCGAGGCCGAGAUACGCGUCACCAGCGCGCACAAGAGCACCGAGGACACCCUGAAGAUACUGGCCGAGUACGCCGGCAAGAAGGUCGUGCUGAUCGGCGUGGCCGGCAGAAGCAACGGACUCGGCCUGGUGCUGUCCGGCAACGGCGAGUUCCCCGUGAUCAAUUGUCCACCCGGCAAGGCCCAGGACCUCGAGCAGGACAUCUGGUCGUCGCUGAAAGUGCCGUCGGGCCUCGGCUGCACGACCUGCAUCUAUCCGCAGUCGGCGGCGUUGGCCGCGGCGCAGAUACACGCGCUCACGGAUCACCGGGUCUGGUCGAGGCUGCGCGCCCGUCGCCUCAACACCCUCGUCGCACUCAAGCGCGCCGACAGGCCCGAAGUUUGAUUACAUAAGCUUCUGUUCUUUUUUUUAGUUUUGCUCUUCUUUCUCUCUUUUUUUUAUACGUAACGACGACUCGUGUAUUUUUGAUAUGAUAAAUAAAGUUUAUUUUAUGUAAA